AUGACCCGAAACAGCAGGAAGGCUGCGGCCGAAUGUGUGUCCGACGAUGCGCUCAUACACCUCCGAUCCUACAAGUAUUCGGCCGUCGAUAAGUCGCCCGUAUCCAACUAUAUCCUUCGACCCUACUGGAAUGCCUUUGUUGAGCUCCUGCCGUUAUGGCUUGCGCCAAACAUGGUGACCUUAUUGGGGUUCUGCUUCAUUUUGGCAAAUGUUGCGUUACUUGUCAUAGUAAUGCCAGAUCUCGUUGGUCCGGGUCCGUCAUGGCUAUAUUUCAGCUUCGCUUUCGGCCUUUUCAUGUACCAAACGAUGGAUAAUGUAGAUGGCAAGCAAGCAAGACGAACGGGCACCUCGAGUGGACUAGGCGAGCUAUUCGACCACGGCAUUGACUCCUUAAACUGUACUUUGGGGAGCCUGCUCGAGACGGCCGCGAUGGCCCUGGGAACUUCGAAAUCCGGCGUAUUCACAGCCCUGUGCCCUUGCCUUGCUAUGUUCUUCUCGACCUGGGAGACAUACCACACGCACACGUUAUAUCUCGGAUAUUUCAACGGUCCAACUGAGGGUAUAUUGAUCGCAUGCAGUGUCAUGGCCCUCUCUGGUAUCUACGGCCCGGGCAUCUGGACUGAACGAAUCGUUGAUCUUGUUGGCGAAAAGAACUUGUUCGGAUAUGAUCACCUUGUCGGAGACCAUUCGAUUCGAGACAUCUGGAUCCUCGUGAUCGUCGGCUCACUAGUCUUGGGCCACAUGCCGUUCUGCGUAUUGAACGUUGUCAAAGCGCGCCGGAGGAACAACCUCCCCAUCCUUCCUGUCUUCCUCGAAUGGAUCCCUAUGGCCGUCUAUACACUAUCCAUUGGAGCAUGGCUGUACUCGCCCCACUCGACCUUGAUGCGUGAGAAUCAUCUGGUCCUCUUCUGCCUAACUAUGUCCUUCGUCUUCGGCCGCAUGACCACCAAGAUGAUACUCGCCCAUCUGACCCGCCAACCUUUCCCAUACUGGACCGUGAUGUUAAUCCCGCUCGUCGGCGGUGCCAUUCUCGGCAACCUCCCGCGCUUCGGUCUUCCGGCCAUUUCAGCCCGUCACGAGCGUUACUACCUCUGGGCCUACUUCUUCUUUUCCCUCGUAGUGUACUUCCGCUGGGCGUUCCUCGUGACCACAAGUAUAUGCGACUUCCUCGGCAUCAAUUGCCUCACAAUACCCCACGAGAAACAGGUCGAGAACCAACGGAAAGCCCUAGAAUUAAAGCGCGCAACAGCGAACGGGAAAAAGAUGCAAUGA